CGGCUUGGUCUACGUGGAAAACUCCAGGAUGGCCAGGACUACACAGAUAGACCUGUUCCCACAAAAAUAAAAUAAUGUUUAGAAAGCAAAUAAACAAAAGCUUUGCCUGCUGUGGGGCCUUGGCCUAAUCCUCACUGCCGAGCUGAGCCUGGAAGCGCUUGAAAAAAAUACCACCCAGUGCCUCCCCAGCACCAGGGUGAGCAGUUUCUAGGUUCUCUUUUCCUGAAAGGUUCUACUGAGAUGGUCACAGGCCCAGUGCUGGAGGCUGGGGAGAUGCCACAGAGCCAUAACAGGCCAAGCCACAGUGGCAAUGGCUUCAGGGUUACUGAGGUACCUGUGGCACCCCAGACACAGACCCUGGGUCUACAAGGCUCAAACUUGUCACUGUGUCCCACUGCUCUCACACCAAGGACAGCCUGGAGCCUGGGUUCCAGGCCCGGCUAUCCCCUCUCCCCCUUCCUUCCUCUGUACGGGCUUCUAAAGGAGUCUAUUAGCUUGGAGCCCGGUGGACUUUUCUUGGUUCUGGCUGGGUCCAAGACCCUGAGCAAACCUUCCCUGGGCCUCCAUUUCCUACUUGGUCGAACAGAAGGGACCAGUCCAUAGGGUUGUGAAAUGGAUGGUGUAUUGAGUGGGCAGAGGCCGCGGCAAUCAGCAAGGUGCUGUUCUGCAUCUGAUAGCAGCUGGGUGCUCUCUCCGCUGUCCCCAGGAGUCCUCAGCCUCUGCCGCUUCUUCUGGUGCCCUUUGCUUACUCCCUAGCAAUGCCCUCCUCCCUCUCCCCUGCCCCUCUUCCCUAGCCCACCUCCUUGUUCACCAGCUUGCACCAUGAACUGCUCCCUGGGUGCUUGGGUGUUCUCAUGACAUUGGGUUCCCCUGCUUCAUGCGAGAGAGCUAAUCCCCUCCCAGGUAAACCAUGGAGCUGCCAAGUCCAUGAAUUCUCCGUGUCAUUCCGUUGUGGCCAGAAAAACAUGGAGCACGAGACUUAAGAGGCAGGGACUGUGCUCCCUGGUUACAUAAGCCAGCCCGCUUGAGACGAGCACUGGGUCUCCUGGCUGCUGCUGAAUGGACCCUCUAGAGUUUCUAGCUCACCCCAUUUCUCUCCACGUAGGCCUCGGGGUGACUGCCACCUCCCACACCUGCCUCCUUCACCCUGACCUGUGGCCCUUACGGAGACUACUCUAACCACUGGCCCUGGGCAAUAAAAGCACAGAAAUUCAUACCCAGAGGUCUCAGGGGUGGCAAUAGUGCCCCCUCCUUUGCUGGUAUGUUGCAGGUUAGGAACCAGACUUUGUGUAGACGCCUGAGGACAUGGUUACAUGAUCCUUCUUAAGUCAAGGGGCCUUACUAAGGUAUGUGCCCUUGAGCUCAGGAAGGGGAGACUGCAGCCAUGGGCAGAGUGAGGGGGGCAUCCGUUCCUGCUUCUCCUGUUCUGUUUACAGACAAGCUGCUUUCCUCCCUGGACAAGGGGGAGCAGGCAGGGCAGAGGACGGUGCCAAGGUGGCACGAGGCUGGGCAUGUGCCUGGUCUGAGAUGGCGUUUACAGAAUGCCAGAUACCUGGUGGUACCAGCCUGAGGACCCCAGGUCCCACUGGAGCAUCUUGGUUGCUUUAGAAGCUGACCUCUGACCUGUGAGCAGCCAGAAUCUAGGGACCCCAACCCCCACCCUGGACUCAGAGCCCCACCACCACCAGUGAGUCUUGGCUCUGCUUAUAGCAUCUGACGCCAGAGGGGCUGAAAAUAGCCCCUGGAGGAGAGGAGCAGGGGCUAUUUAAAGGGCUCCAGAGGAGCCAGGCACAGCAGAGGGAGCAGGAAGGGAUCAUGGCCACUUCAGAGCUGAGCUGCCAAGUGUCCGAGGAGAACCAGGAACGCCGGGAAGCCUUCUGGGCUGAGUGGAAAGAUCUGACCCUGUCCACCCGGCCGGAAGAGGGAUGUUCCCUGCACGAGGAGGAUACACAGAGGCAUGAGACCUACCACAGGCAGGGACAGUGUCAGGCGGUGGUGCAGCGCUCGCCCUGGCUGGUGAUGCGCCUGGGCAUCCUCGGCCGCGGGCUGCAGGAAUACCAGCUGCCAUACCAGCGGGUACUGCCACUGCCCAUCUUCACCCCCACCAAGGUGGGAGCUGCCAAGGAGGACCGCGAGGAGACCCCCGUCCAGCUGCGGGAGCUGCUGGCACUGGAGACUGCUCUGGGCGGCCAGUGCGCGGAGCGCCAGGACGUGGCUGAGAUCACCAAGCAGCUUCCCCCUGUGGUGCCUGUCAGCAAGCCCGGGACCCUGCGGCGUAGCCUGUCUAGAUCCAUGUCUCAGGAAGCUCAGAGAGGCUGAGAUGGACUGUGUCAGGCUCCACUGUGUCUGCCUUGGGCUGGGCCCUUCCUGGCUAGGACCAUGGAGGAGAGCUGCUGGCCGGGCCGCUUUGUAGUUUGCCCAGAGGUGGGGGCUAUGGGAGGAGGGAGCCAGAGGUCAGGAUGAUACCCAAAGGGAGGGCAUCAAGGAUGGUGGGCUGAGGUGGAGAGCGGAGCACCCUCAGCCCCAGAAGAAGGGACAAGAGAUACUGGUGAGGCCAUGAGGCCCCUGGAAACGGUGACCUGUUCGGUUACAGAGAUGGAGGAGGGCAUGGAAGGGAUCUGGAAUGUCUGGGAAGGAAGCUUGAAGACUGGAAGGAGGGGCAUGGGGAGAGGGCAGCAGCAGGGCAGGCCCCCAGCACCCUCUGUUAGCACUGCAAUAAAUAUGCUCAACCAUG